GCGGCGGCGGCGGCGGCGGCGGCGGCCCCGGCCAAGGCGAAAGCUGGUUGUGGGGCGCCGGUGAGGGUCUGUGGGGCCGCCGCGCAGGGACCGGUGCUUGGGGAAGGCCGCGCCGCGAGGAAGAACUUAGAAAAGGUGAGAGUCUAUAUGCUUCAGCCACCAUGUCUGGAAUUGGCAAUAAACGGACUGCUGGAGAGCCUGGCCCUUCUGCACCUCCAGAAAAGAAGGCAGGGGUUGAAGAUUCAGGGACCACAGUGGAGACUAUUAAGCUUGGUGGUGUUUCUUCAACGGAGGAGAUGGACAUCCGGACCCUACAGACCAAGAACCGUAAACUAGCAGAGAUGCUGGACCAGCGGCAAGCUAUUGAAGAUGAGCUACGGGAGCACAUUGAGAAGCUGGAGCGUCGGCAGGCCACUGAUGAUGCCUCUCUGCUGAUUAUCAAUCGAUACUGGAAUCAGUUUGAUGAAAAUAUCCGCAUCAUCCUGAAACGCUUUGACCUGGACCAAGGUCUUGGAGAUCUUUUAUCGGAAAGAAAAGCGCUUGUGGUACCAGAACCUGAACCAGACUCGGACAGUAAUCAGGAGCGCAAAGAUGAGAGGGAACGAGGUGAAGGACUGGAGCCAGCAUUCUCCUUCCUAGCCACUCUAGCCAGCAGCACUAGUGAGGAGAUAGAAUCUCAGCUGCAGGAGCGUGUAGAGUCCUCCCGCCGUGCUGUUGCCCAGAUUGUGACAAUGUAUGACAAACUGCAGGAGAAAGUGGAUGUGCUAUCCCAUAAGCUGAAUAGCGGAGAUAUUUCAUUGAUGGAAGAAGCAGUUCUGGAGCUUAAUACUUACCUCUCACAUGAAAAUGGACGGCUGCAGGAGCUGGCUGAUGUUCUUCAGGAGAAGCACCGAAUCAUGUCUCAGGAGUUCUCCAAGCUGCAAGAGAGAGUGGAGACAGCAGAAUCUCGGGUGUCUGUUCUGGAGACUAUGAUUGAUGAUCUUCAGUGGGAUAUUGACAAGAUACGCAAGAGGGAGCAGAGGCUCAACCGGCACUUAGCAGAUAUUCUGGAACGAGUAAAUUCCAAAGGGUACAAGGUGUAUGGAGCUGGGAGCAGCCUCUAUGGUGGCACUAUCACCAUUAAUGCCCGCAAGUUUGAGGAGAUGAAUGCAGAGCUGGAAGAGAAUAAAGAGCUUGCUGGGAAUCGCCUCAGUGAGUUGGAGGAACUACGCCAGGAUCUUGAGGAAGUAACAACACAGAAUGAAAAACUCAAGGUUGAGCUGCGACGAGCAGUAGAAGAGGCUGUGAAGGAGACCCCAGAAUAUCGCUGCAUGCAGUCCCAAUUUUCUGUUUUGUAUAAUGAGAGUCUCCAGCUGAAAGCACAUCUUGAUGAGGCCCGCACUCUGCUUCAUGGCACCCGCACCACACACCAGCGCCAGGUGGAACUAAUUGAGAGAGAUGAGGUCAGUCUUCACAAGAAGCUACGCACAGAGGUGAUACAGCUAGAGGACACCCUGGCACAAGUCCGCAAAGAAUAUGAGAUGCUGAGGAUAGAGUUUGAACAGACGCUUGCUGCAAAUGAACAAGCAGGCCCAAUUAAUCGGGAGAUGCGUCAUCUCAUCAGCAGUCUCCAAAAUCACAACCACCAGCUGAAGGGAGAGGUGUUAAGAUACAAGCGCAAACUGAGAGAGGCCCAAUCUGACUUGAGCAAGAUCCGCUCUCGCAGUGGUAGUGCUCUCUUACAGUCCCAGUCCAGCACUGAAGACACAAAGGAGGAACCUCCAGAGAUCAAGCAAGAACCUGAUGAUCCUUCUGCCCAAAUCUCUGUCCCAAAGGCUGCUUCUGAAGAUGUUAAUGAAAUUAAGGCCAGGCGAGAUGAAGAGGAACGGGAGCGAGAGAGGCGCGAGAGGGAGAGGGAACGAGAGAAGGAAAAAGAGAAGGAGAGAGAGCGAGAGAAAGAGAAGGAAAAGGAAAAGGAACGAGAGCGGGAGAAGCAGAAACAGAAGGAAUCUGAGAAGGAGAGAGAGUCCAAAGAGAAGGAGAAAGGGAAGCAUGAAGAUGGAAGAAAGAAGGAGGCUGAAGUGAUCAAGCAGCUGAAGGCUGAGCUCAAGAAGGCCCAGGAGAGCCAGAAGGAGAUGAAGCUGUUGCUAGAUAUGUACCGCUCUGCCCCCAAAGAGCAGAGAGACAAAGUGCAGCUGAUGGCAGCUGAGAAGAAGGCAAAAGCUGAGCUGGAAGAACUGAGGCAGAGGGUGAAAGAACUGGAAGACAAGGAGAAAAAGGAGAGUAAAAAGAUGGCUGAUGAGGAUGCCCUCCGCAAGAUCCGAGCAGUGGAAGAACAAAUCGAGUAUUUACAGAAGAAACUAGCCAUGGCUAAGCAGGAGGAGGAGGCCCUGCUGUCGGAAAUGGAUGUCACAGGGCAAGCCUUUGAAGACAUGCAGGAACAGAACAUCCGCUUGAUGCAGCAGCUACGGGAGAAGGAUGAUGCCAACUUCAAGCUGAUGUCAGAACGCAUCAAAUCCAACCAGAUCCACAAGCUGCUGAAAGAGGAGAAGGAGGAGCUGGCAGACCAAGUUUUGACGCUGAAGACACAGGUGGAUGCCCAGCUGCAGGUUGUACGUAAGCUAGAGGAGAAGGAACACUUGCUGCAAAGCAGCAUUGGAACAGGCGAGAAAGAGCUAGGUCUCCGAACACAGGCCCUGGAAAUGAAUAAACGCAAGGCCAUGGAUGCAGCCCAGCUUGCAGAUGAUCUGAAAGCCCAGCUAGAGCUGGCUCAGAAGAAGUUACAUGAUUUCCAAGAUGAGAUUGUAGAAAACAGAGUAACUAGAGAGAAAGAGAUGUUCAACUUCAAAAGGGCUGAGGAAGAUAUAUCUAGGUUGCGCAGGAAGCUGGAGACAACCAAGAAGCCUGACAUGGUUCCCAACUGUGAUGAGAUACUGAUGGAAGAAAUCAAGGAUUACAAAGCCCGGCUGACCUGCCCGUGCUGUAACAUGCGCAAAAAGGAUGCUGUGCUCACAAAGUGCUUUCAUGUCUUCUGUUUUGAGUGCGUGAAAACACGCUAUGACACCCGGCAGCGUAAGUGCCCCAAAUGCAAUGCUGCUUUUGGUGCCAAUGAUUUUCAUAGGAUCUACAUUGGUUGAUUCUUUCCACUGGAGUGAUGGAAAGUUGCCACUUAGGCUGGCCACCCAGCCCCCCUCACUUUCUGUGACUGUCACCUUUGGGACAGUCAGUGCUUCUUUCUGUUGAUCUGCAGUCUCUUCUGGGAAGUAUGGUUAGGGUACGGAAAGAAACGGAUUUUGGGUCUGGUUCCUUUCUUCUCCCUUUUAUUUUUGCCCUCAGUUUUUGUGGAUUCUUUACGUCUGAGAGGAGAUUUCCCAUCCAUCACUUUAACACUGCCAAGUUGGAAACAUCUAACUGAAGUCCUGCCUUCAUGGGCUAAAAGCUGUCUGUGGUGCAGCAGAGAUGAGACCUUGGGGCUUGCUUUGGAUGUUAAUUAUUAAAUCCAGUCAAGAUAUGGUAGUAUUUCUGAGAAUAAAGUUUCCUAGUUAACAGGCCAAAUAAUGAACGAACGGGUAAACUUCAGCAGACUUCAGUGCAGUGACUCCUUAGACAUAUAUCUUCCAGAGUCAGGGCAGGAAUCCGUGAAGGCUGAUGCAUUAGAAAAACAUUGUCCCUACCCCCAAAAGCAAGCACACAUCUUAGUAUCCAGGGGAGGAGAAAGAGAAGAUGUUGGAGAAUCUUUGAAAAUAGCAUUCCACUGAUGAACCCUGGUUGAUGUGGUUAUCUUCCACUAGGCUGAGGCAUUGCUGUCAUUAUCCUUAGUUUCCAGAAGAGAGUUUUUAGAGGUUACUUAGUUGCAAGUUUUCAUUUUUCAAUGCACAAAAUCUAAUGAAAGCUGUUGUCUGGGUUAUUUUUCUGUUGCCUUUUCUCUCCUGAUAGUAGUAUCUGUCUGUGCCCCUGUCUUUUGUCUAGUUAUUGGAAACAUUUUUCACAAGCUUUAAGCUUCUAGAAUUGUUUAAUUUCUUCCUUCCUUUGCUUUCAAAAAAUGGUUAAUUAAAACAACCUUUAUCCUUUUGGCUGUAUCUUCACCACCUUACUCCUGACACAACAGAAGGGCCAAGAUGCUCAAUUAUUUGCAGUCAUUUUGUCAUGGCUGCUGGGAAUUUUGUGAAAGAAUGUGGUACAGGUUAUAGUCUCUAUGAUUCCUUUAGUGCAAAGCUAUAUUUGAAGUCUGCUCCUAAAAAUCAAAAUGUGAACUCAUUUAUUUACAACAUGCCUUCACAGGGCAUAGUGGGUUUUUUCUGUAAACUUAAUUUUCUUGGAAGGUGCAACAGUCAGAGGUUUGUCUUAUCUGUGUCCCUUCCUUGAAUCACAGAAUCUGUAUUACCUUCCUGUAUUCAGUGUAGGAAAUAACAAACAAUAGCAAAGUGAAAGUGAUUAAUCACACACUGUUUUAUAGUAUGCAUUAUUAUUUUUAUCUUUCUGAAAACAUUCAGAACAUAUAAAUGAAAACUUACAAAUUAUAAAUCCUGAAAAGUGAGAAGGAACACAUGGUGCUAUCUUUGUAAGGGGAAGCUGGGGUGCUGAGGAUCUGUGGUGUGGCUUUAGGUUUGUUACAACAUGUGUAGAAGAAAUGAAAGCAGAGCUGCCUCAGCUUUCCCUGGAAAUUGCUCCCUGGAUUACAGUUUCUGACGUCAAGUUGGAGAAAAAAGUGUAAUAGGAAUACUUGUGCUGAUGGUAGACUUUGUGGCACAAAUGCUUGUUCAUCAAAACUAGGACCUGGAUCACCAGCAAAAAUUGUCUCCACCUUCAAACAGCUUUGCUGUAACAGCAGACUUUUACAGCUGUGAGCAACAAUCUGAAUUAAACAACCCUUUAGAGAGGUGCAAAGCCCCUUUACCCUUUCCUAGUCAUUAGGUUGCAUCACCUUUCUGCUGAAAAUCAAGCCUGAAGCUUUUGUGUGUGUAAUGGCAGUGCUGGGUUCACUCUGGUCAUGGUAGGAAACAAACACUUGAAAUACUCUGGAUUUUUUUUACAGAUGAGGUUUGGAAACUGCUGUUUUCUGUCACCAAGAAAAAUUUAUUUUCUUAUUUUAAAAUAAUCUAUUUUAAGCUCAGUAAGUCCUUGAAGGUCAUUUUGGAAGUGACUGAAUUUUUGUCUGUGUUUGUCAUUUGUACACUGAGAAACAGUGAAAAAUUUUAGAUGGUCUGUUUUGACUAGCCAGAAUGAGUGGAAAUAGUUAAAUGUUUACCAAGACUAGAAGUAUUUUGGGGUAAAAGAAGGGGUGACCUGUUCUUUAUAAAAAAUCUGUCUAAAUUCAAUGUCUGAGCCAGAGUAAUGAAGUGUAAACAAAGAAAAAGCCUCAUCUACAGUCUCCAGGGCAUCUCCUUGUCAUAGAAAAUCCUUCCUUGUGCUUAUGCCAUGUGCAGGCAUUGACAUACAUGUGAUACUCCCCAUCCCAUAAAAAGCUACAACAGUCUUUUUUUUCUGUCUCCUAUGGGAUCUGGCUGGUGCAGUAGUUGAGUAAAAAAUAACAUGCCAAAAUAUGUCUCUUUUGGGGCAACAGUAACUUGGACCUUCUUUGUAAAGGCUUCCAGUUGGUGCUGCAGUAAUUUGGAGCAAUCUCUGUUCUGCACUUGAUCUGGGAGUAGACCCCAAGGCACCCACCGGAGAUAGAGAUUUUUGCUUAACAUUACUAGGUGGCUGACAUUUUUUCAUUAUUUUUUUUUUAAAUGAAGAUUGAUUUGUUGAAAGAUUGUGUGUUUGGGUUGGAACAUUGAAGUAAACCAUACGCUUUUGUUUUAAAAAAAUAAUCUUUUUCUGGGCUUAUGCAUGUGGAGAUAAGAAUGUAACAAACUGUUAAUAAAUACACUGAUAAAACUGG